AUGUCGCACAAGAUUCUGCUGGGAUUGCGGUCUAAUCACCGACUCGCUGCAGCACUUUAUCAGCGGUUAGUUCCGCCGUCCUACUUGGGUGGUCCAUGCCGUAUGGGAUCAGACGAUCUGGAGCGUUGGUCACUGGUCUACCACUGGAUGAACGGGGGCUCGCGCAUCGGCACACUAUUCUUCACCCCAUUUUUGCCGGUUUUGAUUACGCUCGUCCUCCCCCUCGUCGUCUGCUUCUACAUCCCGCUGACCGUCUACAGGAAUACGAUGCAGAAGGCUAGAAUGGCCGAGACAGAGGACCUGAUGAGGGCCGAGGUGUUGGCCGCUCGUUUCAGGUUGAGCACCGGCCUCGGGGCGUUGUCCUGUUCCUUGGACUGUCUCGGGCUCAGCAAACUGCGGAGGAUGAUCACCGCGUCAAUUGUUGGGGAGGCGGAGCUGCAGCGGCGCGAAGCACGAACUGUUCAGGAGCGUCGUGGGGAAGAUCACCACGAAAAGUCGACCAGCUUGUCGUCGUCUUCGUCGAAAAAGAAGAAGACAACCAAGAAGACGACCAAAGAUGCCAAGAAGGGCAAGAAGACGUCGACCGCAUCUGCCGACUCCACUCCGACCAUCCCGCAAAAGCCAGCCAACAAGCCGCAGAUCUUCACCAAGGACAUCGGAUUC